AUGAUGUGCAAAGCGGAGGGAAAGUGCCUCCCCGCCCGCAAGAUCUGCGAUGGCGUCAAUGAUUGCACCGAUGGUUCUGACGAGCAGCUCGAGAAACUGGCGCGUGAUAAUGGCGUGCUGAUCGUGUACUCCUUCUUCGGCUUCUUGAUCGGUUUUGGAUCCGGGGGCUUCGUUUUGUUUAUCCUGAGCAUGUCCAUGCGCCGGUGCAUCUACUACCACUGGUACCGAGCUGUGAAGAAGCGCCGCGAGUUGGUAGACGAGUUGCGCUCGUCGGGCAAAGAGCGGCCAGCUGUGGUGCAGCAGGGGCCGCCAAUGGUGAUGAAUGGCAGUGAUGAGGCGUCACGGCGGCCGAUGCCCAUGGAUCCGCCAGCGAUUUCUGUGGCCAAACCAACCGAACAAAUCCUGCCCUCUGUUCCGCAAGAGAAUCCGCAAGUGAGCAAGAAGGGGCCGAUCGGGCGCUUCUUCGACAGAUUCCACCACACUUCUGCGCCGGCAGCCCAGCCUUCGAACAUGCAGGUGCCAAUCUUCAGCAAGAAA